UGGUUGCAAGUAAGAAAAGCAAGGCGCAACGAAAGGCUAUCCUGGUUCGGACCACAAGUGAAUAUCAAAAGCGUGGCUUCAAUCCGUUGGACGACGGCGGCGAGCAAUGUGGGCCGCGUCGGCAUAUACUGUCGCCGCCGCUGCUGUCCCCGCUAGCUUACCUCAUCACAUACGGAGAGAUGGGUUUCGCUGCAGAGCGGAAGCUGCGAACCCGAACGAUUCCCGGAAGAAGGUGAUGGUCAUCGGCGCCGGCUGGGCCGGCCUCGCUUCUGCUCACCACCUUUGCAAGCAGGGUUUUGAUGUCACCAUUAUUGAAGCUGGGAGCUUCCCUGCCGAGGAAGUAUCCCUCAGAGGUUUCCGGAGUCCCUAUCGCAACAUAUUUUCGAUUAUAGAGGAGUUUGGCCUACAACCAUUCACAAACUGGACCAGUUCCUCACUUCACACCUCAGAGAGUGUGGAGGUUGAAUUUCCUAUAUUUCAAGAUUUACCGCUCUUGCCUGCUCCACUUGGAGCCCUAUUGUACCCCCAAUUUUCUCAUCUCUCUUUAGCGGAUCGCCUAACCUGGAUUCCUCUUAUUGCAGCAGCCAUUGACUUUGAUGGCACUGAUGCUGCUUGGAGCAAGUAUGAUUCAAUGACUGCAAGAGAACUCUUCAAACAAUUUGGUUGCUCGGAAAGGCUUUACCGAGAAGCUUUUCAACCCUUUGUCGAAGUUGGCUUGCUUGCACCUGCAGAGCAAUGUAGUGCAGCUGCAGUCCUUGCAAUGCUUUAUUAUUUUGUUCUUUCACAUCAGAAAAGCUUUGAUGUUGUCUGGUGUCGUGGGACAGUUCAGGAGAAAAUCCUUAACCCAUGGAUGGAUUUUUUGAAAUCAAAAGGCUGUAGAUUUCAUGGAAACAAAACAACAACAGAUUUUAUUGUAAACAAAAGUACUGGCGGCGUUACAGGAGUACUCUGUGGGAAGGAUGUCUACGAGGCUGAUGCAUUUGUCCUUGCUGUUGGUAUCUCUACUCUCAAAUCUACUAUCACCAGCAGUUGUGCGCUGCAGUCAAAGCAGGAAUUUUUGAACGUUCUCAAUUUGUCUGCCAUUGAUGUAGUCAAUGUUAAAAUAUGGCUAAACCGGAAGGUUAAAAUUCCACGAGAAAGUAACGUUUGUUUUGGGUAUGACAAUUCAACGGGAUGGACAUUCUUUGACUUAAACUCAAUAUUCGAUGAAUAUCAAGAUGAACCUUUGACGGUUUUAGAGGCUGAGUUUUAUCAUGCCAACCAGCUUUUGCCUUUAAAAGACGAGCAAAUUGUUGCAAGGCUGCUAUCAUACCUUUCUAGAUGCAUUAAAGAAUUUCAAGAAGCCACUGUCAUUCAGCAAAUAGUUUCCAGGUUACCAAAAUCUGCAACUCAUUUCUUUCCAGGUUCAUACAAAUACAUGAUGAAGGGGUCCACUUCUUUCCAAAAUUUGUUUAUGGCUGGUGAUUGGAUAAUUUCUCGCCAUGGCUCUUGCGCAAAAGAGAGAGCUGUUGUUACUGGGCUUGAAGCUGCAAACCAGGUAGUGAACUACUUUGGUGUUGGAGAUUUUGCCAAAAUAAUUCCAGUUGAUGAUGAUGAACCACAUAUAGAAUCACUAAGGGAACUGAACAGGAGGUUAAAUGAGAUAAGGGCACAGACUCCAUUUUCCAAUUUUUUUCUACAGUAACACUGAUGUCAAAACAAUCAUAAAAGGAAUUUUUUAGUUAAUAAAACUCUGCACUGUAUGAGUAUUGCACAAUUGGCAAGAGAAAAUACAUUGUUAUUAAAAUUCUGUAAAUUCCGUGUACAUUGCUUGCAUUAUAUAAAAGAUUAUAAAACUAUUCGUUGCAAGAUAUUAAAGCCA